AUGCCGUUCGGAGAGUGCACGAUCACACUUCAGGAUGUGGCAUACCAGUUGGGGUUGCCAGUGGACGGACGCUAUGUCAGUGGUUGCCUUACGGAUUUCCAUAUAUACAUCGAGGGUGGCCGUCCUGCCUGGGAGACUGUGCGGCGCUUCGCUCGUGCAUAUAUCAUGAUGUUGUUGGGUACUCAGCUGUUUGCCGACAAGUUCGGCAACCGCAUUCACAUCAGAUGCCUUCCAUACGUUGCUUGGCUUGAGGAGAUGGGUACCUACAGCUGGAGGUCUGCAGCACUAGCAUGGUUGUACCGGUGCAUGUGCCGAGUGGCGAACAGACAUGUGGUAAAGUUAGCGGGCCCACUUCAGUUACUUCAGUCCUGGAUCUUCUGGCGCUUUGCUAGGUUUAGGCCUGCUGGGUAUGAUACGUGCAGCUGGCCCUUGGCCUCGAGGUGGUCAGGUUACAACCCUCCCGGUGGCGAGAAGGGACCUAGAGUGCAGAACUGGAGACUGAGGCUAGACAUGUUACAGGCCACCGAUUUUAUUUGGAUGCCCUAUAGCUCCCCCGAGGUACUGCAGGUUGUGCAUCCGGAGGUGUUGGAGCCUCGGCAUACGGCAAUGUGGCGAUCUGUGACAUCACUGAUCUACUUUGCCGUGAUAGAGUGA